AUGCACGAGCCGCGGGGCGAGUAUGAUGACAGCGAGGAGGACGAGGAAGACGGGGAGGGGUUUGGCCAUGCCGACUUCGCCGACGCGUUCGAAUACGCGCGCACCAACUUCCACCGCUUUAGCAAGCGCCACCUCGGCCAGAUCCAGCGCCUGUCGGCUGCGCUCGUUUUCUCCUCCAACAUUGACGAGUCACCUUACGCUGUGGCCUUUGCGACCAGCACCGCCUUUGCCGACCUGGCCACGUCAUUCACCCGCGAGUUCUGUUCCCUGCUCGGCCUGUCCGCCGAGUCACCACUCUACGUUGCCGCCACGGCCGGUACCAUUGCUCUGCCGCGGCUAAUCAAGUUUAUCGGGGCCACCCGCAGCAAGCGCACCGAAUGGACCACAGCAAACGAGAUGGCCUUUGAGACGCCGCUGCCCGAGUCCAUGACCUACCACUCCAUCUUUGUCUGCCCAGUCUCCAAAGAGCAGACCACGGCCGCCAACCCGCCCAUGAUCUUGCCUUGCGGCCACACGUUGGCACACGACUCGUUGCGGAACAUUACAAAAGGCUCAAAGUUCAAGUGCCCGUAUUGCCCGAUUGAAGGCCAGAUUAAGGAUGCCCGCCAAAUCAUUCUAUAG